UAUAUACCUGAAUAUAUAAGCACCUUGAUCAUUGUCACUUGACAGUUCUGCUUUCGCACGUUCCUCUAGCGUGCUCAAAUAAGUCGAAGGGCUCGAGGAAAUGAAUAAAUGAUAAAGACAUCAGUCUAUUCUGAAACUCCAAACCGAUAACAAGUGUUUAGUUCCGAAAGUUAAUUCCGAUAACGAAGUCCGGUCUAGUCCACCAUCUCUCGAAUCAGUCCUAGAAUCUGUCCACCCCAUUAACAGUUUAGUCCCCAGUUUGAACAUCUAAAAGUGACGGCGAGAAAAAAUCAACCGAUUACGCGUGUGCAAGUGCCAAAUCGAUCCUGGACAAACUGUGACAUCCUGGACAGCCGACGGAAGAUUCAUACGUUUCGAGGAUAGCGAUACCGGAACCGUCUGUCAUCACCUUCUGCGGAAGGAAGUCCAUUUCCCGGUGGCGGCUAUUGCGUAGAAAAAUUCAAGACAAUACUGCGGCGGUGGGAAAAGUUUUGCAAAUCGCUUCUUAUUCUUACGACAUUUCAAUAGUUCACUACGGCGUUUCAGCGAUUAGGAACCAGUCCAGCGUAGUAUCGACAUUUUGACGAGCAGAGCACCGUAAGUGGACGAUUGGUACCGCGAAUACGCCAUUGUGCUGGUGAUACCGUGAACCGGUGUGGCUUUGAGAUAGCUGAACCAAAGGAAAUGGCCUCUACCAGUAUGGCUUUUGGGUUGGAACCAUUUCGUAAAGGGACAUCCUUUAACGACUGGUUCACACGGUUGAAAUACUUCUUUAGUGUGAAUAACAUUAAGGAGGAAAACAAAUUGGCUUAUUUUAUCACCAUGAGUGGCCCUAUUAUUUUUUCGGAAAUUAAACUCCUAUAUCCGGCGGGAGAUUUUGAAAAAGCAACGUUAGAUGACAUAGUUUCCAAACUCAAGAAUCGCCUCGAUAAAACGGAUCCGGACCUUGUCCAGCGGUACAAAUUUAGUACCAGAGUACAAAACCCUGAUGAACCAACGGAGGAUUUUGUCUUAAGCUUAAAAUUGCAAGCCGAAUUUUGCGGUUUUGCAAAUUUUAAGGAGGUAGCUAUAUUGGACCGCAUUAUUGCAGGCCUCAGAGAUAAAAAUCUGAGACAAAAACUUUUGAGUGAGGAAAAACUGUCACUUAACAAUGCUGAGAAAAUUAUUGCUACGUGGGAGGUGGCACGUGCUAACGCCGGAACUGCCGAACCGCACAACAAUGAUGUUCCCAAUUUAAUGGCAUAUGUUGAGGGAGGGCCUAGGGGUCAGCAAGGUAUAGCUAUGAGGCGCCUGGCCAAUGUUUAUGAAAACGCUAGGACAUACCAGGAAGUAGAAGCUACUGGAAACAGGAGGGGCCCAGUAAAGAGCCGUUUAGGAGUUAGACCAUCAAUCCGUGGGGGACGAGUAAAUUACGAGCCCAGGGCGGGCAGCUCUCGUCAAGAUUCCCAAGGUCUCGGACGGCAAUGGCAGCGGCCUGACUAUUCCCAAAUGAUCUGUAACUAUUGCGGAGUGAAAGGACACAUUAAAAAGAAAUGUUUUAAGCUGAAGAACCUCAACCGGGAUGCAGUGAACCUUGUGGAAUCAUACAAGCCGGGUCCAUCGGCGAAUCGGCAUAUUACGGAGCUGCUGGAACGUAUGAGAACGAAUGACUCGGAUGACGAAGAUUAUCAAAGUGACUCAGGUGAAUUACAAUGCAUGUUAGUGACGUCCAUAAACAAAAUUAGCAAUCCAUGUUUGGUGAGAGUUAACAUUGAAGAUAGAGAGUUAGAAAUGGAGAUCGAUUGUGGCGCGUCUGUGUCGGUGAUAAGUAAAAGGCGAUAUUUGUCGAAAUUCAACAAUCCUUUGCGCAGUUAUAGUGAACAACUAAUUGUUGUGAAUGGGGCAAAAUUAAAAAUUGAAGGGGAAGCAACAGUUUUUGUAAAGUUUAAUGGUAAAGAGGCAUUUAUGCAGUUAUUGGUUCUAGACUGUGAUAAUGAUUUUUAUCCUCUUUUGGGUCGAACAUGGCUGGACAUUUUUUAUCCAGAUUGGAGGCAGUAUUUCACAAAUUCCUUACAAAUAAAUAACUUAUAUGAUAAAACAAAUCAAAUUGAUGUGGAAACCAUUAAAAAACAGUUUCUAAACGUUUUUACCAAAAAUUUUUCGCUUCCUAUAAAGGGAUUUAAAGCAGAUUUAGUAAUAAAAGACGAAACACCCAUUUUUAAAAAAGCUUAUGACGUUCCUUACAGGUUAAAGGACAAAGUUUCUGAUUAUUUGGAUAAGUUAGAAAAGGAGAAAGUUAUCACACCUGUCGACACGAGUGAAUGGGCUUCGCCAAUAAUCAUAGUAAUGAAGAAAAACGACGACAUACGAUUAGUUAUUGAUUGCAAAGUUUCUAUUAAUAAAUUCAUUGUUCCAAACUCUUACCCUUUACCUUCAGCGCAGGAUAUUUUUGCAAAUUUGGCGGGAUGCACUGUUUUUUGUGCCCUUGACCUGGAAGGCGCUUACACACAGUUAGAGUUAACGGAAAGGUCCAAGAAAUACGUCAUCAUCAACACUAUGAAGGGUUUAUAUAGAUAUAACAGAUUACCUCAAGGUGCAUCUUCCAGUGCAUCGAUCUUUCAACAAGUAAUGGACAAAAUAUUAGAAGGAAUUGAACAUGUCUCUUGUUAUUUAGAUGAUGUGUUAAUUGCCGGAAAAUCCGUUGAGGAGUGCAAAAACAAACUUCUAACUGUGUUGGGGCGUUUGGCAAAGGCUAAUAUAAAAGUUAAUUUUGAGAAAUGUAAAUUUUUUGUCUCCGAACUAUCUCAUUUGGGGCAUGUUAUUAGCGCGAAGGGUCUUAAACCAUGUCCGGACAAGGUAUUAACUAUAGAAAACGCAAAAGCUCCAAAGAAUGAAACGGAGUUGAAAUCAUACUUAGGACUGUUAAAUUAUUAUCAUAAAUUUAUUCCAAAUUUAUCAUCCCAGCUACAUCAUUUGUACAAUCUGCUGAAAAACAACGUUCGUUUCGCGUGGGAUGACAAUUGUCAGAAAGCGUUUGUCGAAAGUAAAAAGUUAUUAAUCGGCGCAAAUUUUUUGGAGUUUUACGAUCCUAAAAAGGAAAUGGUCGUUAUUUCUGAUGCCUCAAGUUACGGAUUAGGAGGACUAAUUGCUCACGUAGUAGAGGGAGUGGAAAAGCCAAUUAGUUUUACUUCUUUUACAUUAAACUCAGCUCAAAAAAAGUACCCUAUCUUGCAUCUGGAAGCGUUAGCCUUAGUGUGUACAGUAAAGAAAUUUCACAAAUACCUUUAUGGACAAAAAUUUACUGUUUACACAGAUCAUAAGCCUUUAGUUGGUAUUUUUGGAAAAGAAGGGAAAAAUUCAAUUUACGUCACGAGAUUGCAACGACUGAUACUAGAUCUUUCAAUAUAUGAUUUCGACAUAGUGUAUAGACCUUCACACAAGUUAGGGAAUGCGGAUUUUUGUUCGAGAUUCCCUCUGCAGCAGGAAGUGCCUGAAGAAUUGGAUACAGACGCAAUAAAAAGCAUUAACUUUAGUAAAGACCUUCCAAUCGACUUUAAAAUGAUUGCAAAGGCAACGAAAGAGGACGAUUUUUUACAAAAAGUAAUCAGCUACAUGCUGAAUGGCUGGCCUGAAAGAAUCGAUAAACCUUUUACAGAUGUUUAUUUUCAAAUUAUUUUGAGCUAGAAUUAGUAGACGACUGUCUUCUGUACAAAGAUAGGGUAGUCAUUCCCCAAGUUUAUCAAAAGCAAAUUUUGAAGCUGUUGCACGCAAACCAUUUGGGAAUUGUGAAAAUGAAGCAAUUUGCUCGCCGAAUGGUUUAUUGGUUUGGUAUUAAUGGCGAUAUAGACAAAUAUGUUACCGAGUGUGAUGCAUGUAGCAGUAUGACAAUAUCUCAUAAACCUAACAAUGAAUCCAAAAGGAUACCAACCACAAGACCAUUCAGUAGAGUUCAUAUAGAUUUCUUUUUCUUUGAGCAUCGGACUUAUCUGCUAAUAGUUGAUAGUUUCUCCAAGUGGAUAGAAAUAGAGUAUAUGAAACAGGGAACUGAUACGGCUAAAGUAUUAAAAAAGUUGGUAGCAUAUUUUGCGAGGUUUGGAUUGCCAGAUGUUUUAGUAUCGGACAAUGGUCCUCCUUUCAACUCCUACAACUUUGUAAACCUUCUAGAGAAACAGGGUAUUAGAGUGUUCAAGAGUCCACCAUAUAAUCCCUCAAGUAACGGACAGGCUGAAAGAUUGGUAAGGACAGUUAAAGAAGUCCUUAAGAGAUACCUAAUGGAUCCUGAUGUUAUGGAGUUAGACCUGGAUGACCGGAUAAAUCUUUUUCUAUUUAAUUUUAGAAAUUGCAAUUUGACAAAAGACGGGUAUUUCCCGUCCGAAACUAUUUUUUCGUACAAACCAAAGACAGUGUUAGAUUUGGUUAAUCCCAAAAAAUACUACAAAAAGCUACUCGAUAUCCCACAGUCACAUGAUGAUCUUGUUAUCGAGCGUAAUAGCAGGGAAAUCCCUUUGCAGUCCAAGGACGCCUUUGACAAUCUGAUGGCUGGGGAUGAUGUGUGGUAUAAAAAUAAUAAUCGCCACCUUCAUGUACGUUGGGUCAAGGCCACAUUCAUUAAAUGGUACUCUCCCAAUAUUUUACAGAUAUGCAUUGGAAGCGUCAACCUAACAGCACAUCGAACGCAAAUUAGGAUCUGCAAAGGAGAUAACUCUGGGCAACGGCCAAACAUGCUAAUUACGAGAUUCGAUGGAGACGAAAACACGAGGAGUGAAGAACCGAGAAGAAGUGAAGGCUCAAUGGCCCCCAACGAUGAGCCGAUCAUCGACGAUACGACAGCGGAAGCUCCCAGUGGAGCCAGAAAGAGGAAACGACGAAGAUCCGAUAGCGGGGUGGAGCACCCCGUUGAGCCGAGACGAUCGAAGCGGUCCAAGAAAACAACUCGUUCGGAAGAUUUUUGGUAUAAUUGAUGAUAGGUUUCCGGAUUAAUAUGAAAUACUAGAUUUAAAUGAAUUUGUACUAUCUGUUUUUUGAAAUUUGUAUAUUUUAUCUAGACAAAUGUCAGUUCUGAAUAUCAAACCAUUUUCUCGUUAAAAAGGGAAGAAUUGUUAUAUACCUGAAUAUAUAAGCACCUUGAUCAUUGUCACUUGACAGUUCUGCUUUCGCACGUUCCUCUAGCGUGCUCAAAUAAGUCGAAGGGCUCGAGGAAAUGAAUAAAUGAUAAAGACAUCAGUCUAUUC